CGUACUGGAGGUAGUAUCUCUGGCAGAUGAAUACCAGAUAUGGACCUCAGAGAAAAGUGCGAAUCGUUCAUCCAAGAGAAUUGCAGUAAAGAGGGAAAAUAUCUCAUUGAAACAAGAACUCUUGUGGAUUAUGCUGCGUGCGCCGAAAAACACAAUUUGACCCUGAUUCUUCCUUUCAUUAUAGAACUUUGCUCCAAACGCAAUUCUGAGUCAAUGAAAAAUGCAAAACUUGAAACAAAGGUUACUGCUGAAACACAACAAAAAAUUCGUGAUAUUCGACUCACUUCUUUGGAACAAGAAAUAGCAUCUACUUUAGACAAUGUAGAACAAAAUAUUUUACAAUUAAUGGAACUGGCCUGGGAAACUCAAAAUGAUGCCAAGAUGGUAAAAUGCGAAAACCGUCUCGUUGCUAUUUGCAAACAGGUUUACAAGGAAACAGCUCAUACUUUUUCCAGGGAAACACUUCUUGAUUAUAUAAUCGCUGCUGAGAGAUACGAAUUGAAAAAUCUUUUGACUUGUAGUAUUGAACUAGCCUCUAAAUGCAAUUCUAUGAAAUUGAAAAAUGAGGAGAAAUAUAAAAAGAUUACAAAUUUAACAAAAUACACGAUAGAUACGAAACGUCUAAAACUAAUCGAAAAAAAUCAUUAUGAUGCCCAUAACUUAUUUCCAUAUUAA